UCUACCCCUUCCAACCCUCAUUCCUUCUACUGCGGAGUCCCCCACCAUCCUGAUGCCCUACCCCGAACGCGACCUCGUUGGCUAUGGACCGAACCCACCGGACCCAAAGUGGCCCAACGGGGCGAAGAUCGCUGUCUCCUUCGUGGUGAACUACGAGGAGGGUGGAGAGUACUCGGUCACGAACGGGGACGAGUUCUGCGAGACCUAUCUGACAGAGUCCGGCGUGCACCCGCGCCUGCAAGCUAAGCCAGCCCGCAAUCGCGGUGUAGAGAGCAACUUUGAGUACGGCUCGCGUGCCGGCUUCUGGCGCGUCCUCAGGGCGUUCGAAGACCAUGGCAUGCGGUUCACGUCCUGGGCUGUGGGGCGGGCUGUGGAGCUCAACCCGCAAGUGGUAGCGGCCAUGGAGAACAUCGGGUGCGAGGUCGCUAGUCACGCUCAUCGAUGGAUAGACUACAACGGCAUGUCCGAAGCGGAGGAAGAGAAACAGAUCAACACCCUCAUCGAUGUCAUCCAGCAGAACUCGCCUAGCAAGUCCCCCCCCGUAGGGUGGUACACUGGUCGUCACAGCGAGGCCACACGCCGACUCUGCUGGAAAGUGUACGAGGAGCGUGGGCUUUUGUCAGAGCUCUACGACUCGGAUGACUACAACGACGAGCUGCCGUACUACAUCGAUCCUGCAGGCUUCGGCGUCCCACCCUCCCCUGCGACCGAACAAGGCCUGCUCAUCCUCCCCUACACGAUCGACAUGAACGACGCCAAGUACCACAUGACGCCCGGGUUUGUCACAUCCACCGAUUUCUUCACCUAUGCCCGGGACAGCUUUGACCUCAUGUACGAGGAAGGCAAGUGCGGAAGACCGGUCAUGAUGAGUAUUGGCUUGCAUGGGCGGAUCUCGGGUCGGGCGGGGAGGACUAAGGGGCUGAGGGAGUUUAUGCAGUAUCUGAUGGGCAAGCCAGAUGUGUGGAUCGCUACGAGGAAGGAGAUUGCCCAGCACUGGAGGAAGGUGCAUCCUUAUAAGAAGCAGUAG